AUGGCUGAGGAAAAGCAUACUGGUGCAUCUGCAUCAGCAACACAGCCUGUUGGAUAUCCAGGAGGACCGUACGAUACCUCUCUUUUGGUUAAGUGUGAACAUCAUAUUGCUAGACAUAUAUGGUUCAGUGAGGAGAGAGAUCCGAAGAAAGAGUUGAAGGUAGCAGGACAUGGGUUGAAGCUGACUAAGAGGGUUCCACUGCUGCUUCUUAGAGAGAUGGAGGGUUGGAUAUCUAGGUCUGGUCUAUCUUCACUCCAAAGAACUAGUUUGAUAAAGAUAGAUACAAACCUGGUUUCCGCAUUUGCAGAGAGAUGUCAUCUAGAGACAUCUUCAUUUCACAUGCCAUUUGCUGAGAUGACGAUUACUCUGGAUGAUGUCUCUUGUCUGCUUCACUUGCCCAUAAUGGGAGUCUUCUAG